AUGCAGUUGCCCGUGAGGCGGCUGGCCCUGCUGGCCAUUGUGCUGGCGAUGCUGGCGAGCGUGCCGGGCGCGACGGCGUCGGUGGGCGACCGGCUGCCCGAGUUUCGCGAAUGCGUCGAGGUGUGCAGAAAGGAAAACUGCGGUUCCGGCAAGGCGGCGACGCCGAUUCCCCUCCAUCUCCGUCUCCUCCUCUGGGACUGUGCGGCCGAGUGUGAUCAGACCUGCCAGCGCAUCGUCACGGCGCAUCGUCUGGCUGCCGGCCAGUCCGUCGAGCAGUUCCACGGCAAGUGGCCCUUCCGGCGGCUGUUCGGCGUCCAGGAACCGGCUUCGGUGGCCUUCUCGCUCGGCAACCUUUGGGCGCACGUGACCGGAGUCCGCCGGCUGCGCCAGACGCUUCCGGCCAGCUACCCGCUGCUGCCUUUUUACCUCGGCUUCGGACUUGUCGGCUCGGUCUCGUGGGUCUUUAGCAGCCUCUUCCACACCCGCGACUUCGUCCUGACCGAACGGCUCGACUACUUUGCUGCUGGCGCCUCCGUCAUGUACGGGCUCUACUACACGCCCGUCCGGCUUUUCCGCCUCGACCGCUUCGAUCGCCUCGACGGCAUCGGCAGCUCAGCCAGCAGCCCCAACACUAGCCGUCGCGAUCUCUCUCGUCGUCAUAAUCGACCGCCUGCUCCUUGUCCCCUCGUCCUCCUCGUCUGGACCGCCCUCUGUGUCGCCCUCUACGUCGCUCAUGUCGCCUAUCUCACCCUCGUCCGCUGGGACUAUGGCUACAACAUGGCCGCCAACGUUGCCUGCGGCAUUGUCCAGAAUGCUCUCUGGUCCUGGCAUUCGUGGCGACAGUGGCGUCUCACUCGUCGCUUCUGGACCGUUUGGCCCGGUCUCGCUGUCGCCUGGCUCACCCUCGCCAUGAGUCUUGAGCUGUUUGACUUUCCGCCCGCCUUUGGCAUCUUCGAUGCCCACUCGCUCUGGCAUCUCGGCACCAUCGGUCCCACUGUCAUCUGGUAUAACUUCCUCGCCAAAGACGCCCUCGACGACCUUUCCGGCAAGGAGAAGGCCGAAGACUAG